AUGACGGAUCCUCUCAGCAUCUGUGCCAGCGUCGUGAGCAUUACUGUGCCAGCCUUGCACGGCGUACGCCUGCUCAUAGAAGACCUGCAGCAGCUCAAGGAGGCUCCCAAAACUGUCAAGCGCCUAUCAGAAGACGUGAAGUCUGUCGAAACGUCACUCAAACUGCUUCAAGGUGUCCAAGAGAGAGAAUGGGAUCUCCUUGGCGCAAGCGUACUGGACGAGUCGAAGACUACCAUUGGCAGCUGCACGCAAGCAUGCAGUCUCUUCAGAACUGACCUUCAGCGCUGGACUCGGCACUCAGAAGGCGGGAAACUGGCAUGGCAGGAUCGAACCAGCGUCGGGUUCUUGAAGCAAGGGCAGAUCAAGGCUAUGUCAGAGCAGCUUCGGAACUGCAAGCUCUCAAUCAACUCAGUCGUAAGCAUAGCGACAUUAAAAAGCAUGUCUCUAGUACAAGCGGAGGUGAAGGGCGCUGUUGCUGCAACGGACAAGCAGCUAGUGGUAUUGGAGAGCAGGAUGGAAGAGCUGGAUCUCAGCAGCGAUGAUGAUGAUGAAGAGGCCGCCACUAGAAAAGGCAAAGCUGAGGCAUUGCAGCAGUUGGAAGAAGAGCGCAAAGCGCUACAAGCAUCACGCAUGCUCUUAGAUAAAUUACUAUCAAAAGCACAGGAAGAAGCUGUCGCCAAAGCCUCCGCGAAGAGCCCAGACAGUUCGACCACAGUGUCGAACCUGACGUUUGGUGAUCAGAAUUCAGGCCAACAAAUCGGCGUCGCCUACAGCGGAGUUAACGCCAGUUUCGGAGGAAGAUAA